CGCCGCGCAAAACGCAUCUAGCCCGAUAUAUUUGUGAUAUCCUAAAUUGUUUGUAGCCGACUGCCAUCUUGAGGCGGUAUCGAGUGACAUGCUUUAGUGUUUAGUUGACACGAAUCUAAACUCAUCUUGAGCAUGUCUUUCAUUAACUCAAUUUAUCAGGUGGCGCACAUUUAGUUUUAUUUCGAAACACGCAAACGUGUAGGAACGCUCGCUCUUGUUUAUAUCAGAAGAUAAAAUGCUAGCUAGCUAACACUUCUUUUAAGUGGCUACUAGCUUCGGCGUUGUUAGCCAUGGAUCCUCUAGGCAUGGUGGAGGAUGAAGUGGCAUUGGAGGGACUGGACGGCAUCACUAUCCCCACUUUGUGGAUACGGCUAGAGGAUAGAAACCCCAAAUUUCCACUCAAGUUGGAUGACGGCACCAAGGAGUUCGUCUGGAGGUCGCUGGUGGCUAACACCGACCUGACAUUUUACCGACUGCCCGUCGAUAGAGACGAUGUGGUACUGUAUGACAGGUUUAAAACAUCUCCUGAUGGAAGCCAUCUUGAUGUAAUGAAGGAUGUUUACCCCCUGCACGUCGUGCAGGACAAUAAGGACGGCAUCCAGGGCUCGUGCGCCACCUUUAGCAAAAGAACUGAUAUCACGGCUCGCCUUCGCUCACCGCCACCCAUCUGUUUGGACGAGGUUUUAAAAAGGUACGGCAGGAAGCUAGUAGUGGUGGCGUCGCAGAAGCUCCGUUUCCGUGCGCUCAUCGGUAGCGAGAGCGACCCUGACACCAAACUAAUGGACGAUUCCUAUUGCAUGCUGGAGCGUGUAGGACGUGGGCGGUGGCAAGGGGAGCUACAGAGUGACCUGCACAAGUCCGCUUUCAAGGUAGACGCACGUAAACUACACUACAUCAGGAAGUCUCUGGACCGCCACGGUCUGCUGAUCAUUCAGCCCUUCACCAAACGUCUCCCGUCGGGACAAAAGCAGAGUUCCAUGCUCCUCUUAUUGAAGCGCUUCAACAUCAUAAGGAGGUCCAAGUACGACAUGCUUAUGGAGUACGUGUCCACCCUUCUUCAGAAGAUGCCCCGUCAGCUGGCUGCAUUAGUCACCAUCCGAGAGCACCUGAAUAUGCCGGAGACCAUGUGUAAGCGCAUCUUUCGCUGCAUGCGAGACAACAAGUUGGUAGAGUAUUGCAAUGUGCCUCUGGAGGAAUUGGAUGAGGAAGGAGGAGACUUGCGUAAUAAAAGUGGCAAAAAAGUCCAGGUGCGCUGCUUGAAGCUGCUGAAAGUGUACACAGGGAAGGUUGCCACGGGCGGGGAGGAGUGGAAGGAGGACGAAGACGACGAUGAAGAUGAUGAGGUUGACAGGAGGCGAGGUCAGCCCCCUGUUGGCCACAUCAUGGAGAAGGACAUAUUGUCACAGGCGUACGACCUGGGUGCGUUUAAUCAGUAUCCUGGUCAGGCUUACUUGUGGCUGUUAUUUGAUUUUUUUGCUGUUGAUGAUGCAGUUCUAUCAUCUGGCACCCUUGGAAUCCCACAGUCGGGCGUUCGGUCCAGGAUGAACAUCGGCAGGCUGGAAGCUCGCAUGAUCUGUAGGAAGUUAGAGAAAGAUGGUAUCAUCAAAGGCUUCAUGGUGGACGAAGGCCGCCAGAGAGUAACAAGGUUCAUCGGCCAUAGGAGUGUGGGUGGGAGCAACCACCUGCAGCUCCUCUCAAAAGAGAAGCAACGCAAGAAACUUUUCCACUCCUCGACCUCACCUGCAUCACCUAGCGGACCGGAGGCCUCCCCGGCCAAUGGUAAACAACCACAGAAAACUCCAAAGAAGAGCAAAGCGGCAAGUAAAGGGGAAGAAAAGAAAAAACAGGACACGAGUUUGGAAUCUGGAGGGAAGAAAUCGAGACAAAAGCCUGCAAAGGAGUCUGAGGCCACCCUUGCAGAAGCUGCUCCGUCUCCAGUGCUUCCAGCAACACAGCCUGAUAGCACAUCAGAGCACGCUUCAGCUGAGGAAAAACAGAGUCAGGAAGAAUCCUUGCCUCCACACCAGGAGAAGGAGGGGAAUGCAUCGAACGGAGCAACGGACAUCAUGGAAGUGGAUAGUGUUUACAGGCUGCCGAUCUCCAACAGCAAUAGGAGCCAAGAAACAUACCGCGUGCUAAGGAGAAAGAACCUCAUCAUCGAAGCUGUGCACAAGUUUAAAGUCAUCGACGGCCUUUACCAGCUGCAGAAGUUGAUCAACGAAGAAGAGAAGCUGCAGGGUUUCACAACCAAGUGCUGCAAGAAGACCACGGCACGCCUUGUUCAGACUCUGUCCAGAGAAGGGCUGCUCAAAAUUUUUACCACAACCGUUAUACAAGACGGCAUCAGCAGGAAGCUCGAAAUGUUCGUUCAUCCGUCUGUCCAGCCCAAGGACAAACUGGUGACGGAUAGCAUUGAUCAGGCCCGCUUCAAAAUCAGCAGCUCCUGCUCUGCUCCAUGCCAGCAGAAGGUGAGCAGCGACAGCGUCCGCAGAGUGAAAACGGAUGAGCCCAGCAAGAGUUUCAGGAGCUUCAGUGAAGUCAAGAAGGAAUACAAGAAAGAAUACAAGAAAGAAGAGGCAUUCAAGCCCCCUUACAUUCGUGGACUUGGCAAGACGCUUGGAUUCCAGCCGAAAAUGCACCGCCUCCGCGUUUUGCAUUCCUUCCUCUGGUAUGUCACUUACGAUCACCCUAUGGGGCCACGGCCCACCAGGCUGACAGCCCCUCAAGUUGCUGCCGUGGUCGACAAAGAGCCACAGGACACAAAGGAAGACGAUGUCCCCCAAAAGGAUUUGGAAGCGGCAUUGUCAGGAGAUGAUGAUGAAACACAAACUGAAACUGCCAGUCACUCAAAAUGUGAUAUAAAAGUUUACUCUGAAGAGGAUUCGUGGAAAAGGUUCGUCCCGCCGGUUCGCACGCACAGCGAUCGAGGCAGCGGUUGGGUGCUCGUGGGCGACUUGCUCCAUUGCUUGCCGCUAUCCAUAUUCAUCCAGCUCAUUCAGAUUAACUAUCAGGUUGACGGCUUGGAAGAGUAUUUAAACGACCCGGUGAAGCAACACCAUCUGGUUUGGCAGCUGCCCCUCGGAAUUAGAAGGAAGCUCUUUUACAAACGGAAAUACGUUUUUAUCUUCUUUGAGAACCUGCAGCGCUUGGUCUGCAUGGGCCUGAUGCAAUUUGCUCCUGUGGAGAAGAUGAAGGAGAAAGACCAGCUGUUUUGUUACCUGAAGCGCUGCGCCACCAUUGUAGAUACCACCAACGCAGAACCGCACUAUUGGCUGGUUAGCGAGCCCACCGACAGCCCCUUUGACAGACGCCGCUACACCUUCAAUAGCACGGACGAUGUGGACACAUACUGGUUCGACCUCAUGUGCGUCUGCCUCAACACGCCUCUGGGGUUGAUUCGUCCUAAGCGAGGCGCCUCCGAAGACGACGCCCCGCCCUCCUUUGUGCACGAGCGAAGUGUCUUUGUGGGAAUGGCUUCCUUACUCAAGGGCAGCUAUGUGGUGAGCGACGACGGCACCACACCGGGCAACGGAAAAGGUGCGGGAGGUCUCGACUCUGAGUUCUUUGCCCAUCUAAAGCGCAACUGGCUGUGGACAAACCACCUGCUGGGCGUCAAGCAGCGCCCUGGCAUGACAGCGAAAGUUGAGAAAGCCAGAGUGAGACUGAAGAGCCUGUUAAGUAAAGAGUCGAUGCUGGCCGCGUUGAAAGCCGGAGCUUCUUUGCCGCGAUUCUUGACAGCCAAGAAAAUGGUAGUCGCAGAAGAAAAUGUGGAGGUGGCGAUUGAGCCGGCAUCUCGAAACCAGGAGGUGGUCGGAGGGAAGUGUCGGAAGCGGAAGAGACUCAAAAAGCAAGUCGUCAAAGUUCCUCGCAAGAAGAAAAAAGAACCCAAAAAGCGCACUCCUGCUCACGACGAGGCCGACCACCGAGCGUUGAAAAAGAUGACGAGGCAGCGAGUUUUCUGGACGUUGCAGGAAGACUCUCUGCUAAUGCUGUGCGCCGUGGCUUCGCAUCUACUCAACAGCAAGUUGCGGAGGUUGUUCGUGGCCCAUUGUUUAGUGCGAGACCUUCUCCAGGCCUCGUUUAAUCUCUCUGAGGACAAAACGUCAGUGGCCGUCGGUCGGCGCACUCGUUAUAUCCUCAAGAAUCCGCAAACGUUCCUCAACUACAGAACCUGUUUGGCUGAAAUCUACCAGGACAAAGAUCUGCUGAACCAGCUUCAGGAAAACAAACCUGUCAAUCCUAAUGAUGCAGAUGAUUGCGCCAAAUCAUUCAAUGAGUACGUCAAGCUCCUCAGAAACAAGUUCAGCUCGGUCAUCAAUGCCGACGAUGUAAAACUGCCCGCAACUAAACAGCAACUCUUCUCGCAGUUUAAAGUAUGCACAAUACAGAGCGACCAGCAGAUUCCCUCCAGAGACGACCUGACUUGCACAACGGACAUCCAUAAGUUAGUGUUGUUCAACCUCAUUCAAAGUACGCUAGCCAUGACCAACUAUCAGAUGAAGUCUUCAAGAUCCUUUCAGACUUUCCAAAUUUAUAGUCAGUACCCGCAAGAGCUACUGUGCCAGGUGUUCAUCCAGUGCCGCAAACGUCACAUGGUCAACCGGCGCCGCGUUCAUCAAUCCACGGGACCCAAGAAAAACCGAGCGCUGCCCAUCUUGCCCAUGUCCUUCCAGCUUUCUCAGUCCUACUACAGGUUAUUUUCAUGGCGUUUUCCUCACACGCUGUGCACCGACACAUUCCGCUUUUUGAGGAGUUUACUUAACAACGGUUCGGGCGACGAGAGGCCUGCAGUCUCCUACUUCCACGAGACAGAAAACCGUGUGGAGAGUGGCGAGGAAGCACCGGAAAGGCCCCUACCUGUAGUAACCGAGGAAGCCGAAGGCAGCCCAAACUCUGGUUCGGAACCUUCGGGGAUGAUGCGCUACCCUCUGGACUCUCCUGGAGGAGCCUGCAUGGUGUCGCUGACGCUGAUGAGUUUAGGACUGCUGUCUGUACAUUUGUCCAUCCCUAAGAAGAUGGUGGUGGUGGACAGCAACCUGGUGGACACUGAUGUCAAGAGCAUGGCGACAUUAGAAGAAGAGGAUGACGAGGACGAUGACGUUGCCGGCGGGGUGUGCGAGGGCAAAAAAAAACGGCAAGUCACAGCUCACCAGGCAUCGCACACCAAGUACCUGUUGAUGAAAGGAUUUUGCUUUCCCGGCAUCGUCAAACUCCGCAACCUGAGCACCAAUGAAAACAUCGUAGUGGAGUCGUGCGGGAUCAUGAUGCGGUUGCGACAAACUCCGGGUCACGGCUUUCUGAAGGACGCCGCCCACCUGGAAUUGUCCAAAACAGGCCCGUCCCUGCUGCCGUCCGUCCUGACCCGGUGCAUCCAGAAUGUUCCGUUGACUCCGGCCCAGCGUUCCGGGUACUCACCUGAAGACCUGCAGGCGAGCGCCCAGCUGAGAAAGAGCCUGGAUGAAGCCGGAGAGAUGGGAGUGGACCAGACAGACUUGUUCCAGCAGCUCGCUCACCUCCGUUUGCCGAUAUCUGGACGAAGCAGGAGCUUAGUGCAGUACCUCGGGGAUUUACAAGAAGAUGGACAGAUCCUCCAGGUGGGCGGUUAUGGCAUCCGCUGGGUACUGACCGAACAUGCAGAGCCCUGGAUUCUCUCCGUCAACUCCGGGGACUGGCACCAGCCGCAGGUCCCCUCUGGUAAGAGGCGAUCCCAGCACAACAUCCCCUUCAUUCGCAAGAGGCGGCGGCGACUCGCAGCUUUAGAAGAUGACAAAACAGAAGGGGAGCCACCGAGUAAAAAAUUGUUGACGGACGAGAUCGUUGAAAAAGAGGAAGCGCAACCCGUGAUGACAGAAGGAGAGGACCACAUGGAAAAGGUUACCACGGAACGCGAGAGCGGCGAAAACGAUGAAAAGAACCCUCCCCUCAAAGAGGAUGAGACAGAGGACGUGGAGAAAGACAGAGAAGCUCCACCGGUGCCACAAGUGGACCCUCACGAGGAGAUGGUCAGCUUCAUCAGCCGUCCAUGGCGCUUGGUGGAUGGGACGCUCAACCGUCAAGUGUGCAAAGGCAUGCUGGAGGGUCUCCUCUACCACAUCAUGUCCCGUCCAGGCAUCCCUGAGUGGAGGCUUCUGUCUCACUAUGAGGAUGUGCUGCAGCCUGUCGUGGUUCUGGAUUUGGUUCAGUCCUUGAUUGAACUGGGCUGCAUAACAAAGAAAACUCUGAUCAAAAAAGCCAAGCCCACCCUGUUCGGAACCCCGGUGACGCAAGAGCAGACGGAGGAGAAAGAAUGCGUGUUUUAUGAGCCCACAGUAAGCUGCUGCCUCAGACUCGCUCAGGUGCUGCCCAACGAACGCAACUGGAACUAUUGUCACAAAUAGUUUUUUAAAACUCCAUAAUUCCUGUAAAAUUCAAAUGAAAUAAAGACUUCUCAUAUCAAAUAAUUUUGCAUA